AUGGGUCGUCGUGCAGCUCAAGAGGCGUACCCUGAUGACGGGCACAUCUUUGUGUGUGUGCGCAUCCGCAACGUGCCACAGAAUGCGGCUUGCUUAACCAAUAACGGCGCUGCCGCGACGAACACCCGCGCCUCCACGGUCGUGCGCAAGUCGGUGCUGCGCGAGGCGCAGCGGAUUUGCGUGUCUGUGGUGGAGAAUGUGGUGGUGAUGCAUGACCCCUCGUCGAUCGAUGACGCCGCCACCGUCGCGAAGGACGGCAACAGCGUGGUGCAGAUGCUGACCGACCGCGCGAACCAUGCUGGCGCUGCUCGACACUCUCGCAAAACCGCUGGUGGUGGCAGCGCUUCUGCCGGCCCGUCAGGCACUAGCUCACGCCGGACCGUAGGUGGCGCUCGAGCUAUCACUGCCGGCGCCGCCCGCCUCGUGCCCACCAGCACCGCCAACUACUACGAGUGCGACCACUGCAUCGCAUCGAUGGAGGAGUCGCAGCUGCUGCAGAUGCCGUUGAUUCGCACAAGUGACUUCCUUCAGCCGCCGCCGUACGGGACGCAGGAGGAGGUGUACCAGCGCACCGCGAUGCACGCCGUCAAGGCCGCUAUAGACGGCAUCAAUUCGUGCGUCUUCGCCUACGGUCAGACGGGCAGUGGCAAGACCUACACACUCUUCGGCGACACGACGAACAUUCGCCGUGACCCCGGCGUUGUCCCGCGCACUCUGGACGACUUGUUUGGCCGCCUGGAGGCGGUGAAGCAGUCGUACCGGAGCGACAGUGUGACAGACUACUCGUACCUUGUGCACCUGUCCUUCUACGAGAUCUACCAGAACGAGGUUUAUUGUCUCUUCUCUCGCCAGGGCCCACUGCGUGUGCAGUUUCUCCGAGAUCUGACGGGGAAGAGGGAGACGAUGAUCAUCCACGACCUGCAGCAACAGACCGUGACCUCGGCCGAGAAGGCGUACCCGCUGAUCGAGAUGGGUCUGCGCCGGCGGCAGACCGCCGAGACGGGCAUGAAUGCACACAGCAGUCGCAGUCACGCCAUUCUGCAGAUCCGCGUCGCCCAGUACCGCACCAACCGCGACGCGCGAGAGACGGUGGAGCACCAGGCCACGAUCAACCUGGUGGACCUCGCUGGCAGCGAGCGGCAAAAGACGGCGAACACAAGCGGGACGAACCGUGCGGAGGGCAUUCAGAUUAACCAGUCACUCGCCACACUGGCGCGCGUCAUCAACGACAUCGCGAGCGGGGCGAGGUUUGUGAACUACCGCGACUCGUUGCUGACGAUGGUGCUCAAGGACAACCUCGGUGGCAACAGCAAGACGUUCAUGAUCGCCAACAUCUCGCCCAUCACCUUCAGCUACCAGGAAUCUUGCGCGACCCUCACAUACGCGAAGGACGUGCGCAAGGUCCGCAACCGGCCGAUGGUAAACAAAACCUUCCAAACACGCGCGAACCUGCUGGAGCAGAAUAUGAUGCUGAAGCAGGAGAACGAGAAGCUGAAGGUGCAGAUGGAGAUGUGGGUCAGGAGCCUGCAGAGCGGCAACCCGCACGCCUCCGUGACGGACAUGAACGGCUCGUUGCCUGUCCGGGGCGGCGGCGUGGCAGAGGCUGGCGACCAUCUGCUGCUGUCACCGCCGCUGUCGAUGGCGCAGGCUGUCGAAGCCGAGCAGCGUCGUGCCGCCGACGUACCGCUGGCCGCGACCGGGUGCAACGAGGCCUUCCUGACUGCCAUCAGCAGCGGCCUGACAGCGCCGCUGCUAAUAUCGUCCCACCGCAAGUACACGAGCGUGGCGGGGAUCGGGGGCUCUUGCAUCGAGGGCGGCGCCGUGCGUGUCUCGGCACUGGUGAAGGAGACGAUGGAGUUCCCGCUGAGUCAUGUGCUGCAUCCGCUGCCGCCGAUGACGGCCAGUGACACCUCGUACACCACCGACGAGGACGGCCAUGGUGCCCAGAAGCGGCACACCACCAUCCUCACGGAUGCAGAUGUGAGCUCGCCGGAGUGCGCGAGUGGUGAGGCCACGCAACGACCGGGCCCCGCAGGGGAGGCUGCAGCGACGGCGGGGGACGUGAUGGACCUGGGGUCGCUGGUGCUGGAGCGCGUGGCUCAGCGCUCGUGCGAGCAGCGGUACUAUGUCCACUUCAGGCCACCCACCAUUGCUGAUGGCCUCUCGCGCCUCAUCGACGUCCAGGUCAAUGGCAAGAGCAUCGGGGCAAAGGGUCGGCGUGAGCUGCACCACGGCGACGUAGUCUGCGCCUACCUCGAGGACGCGGCGAAGAUGGAGGCGGCGGCGACGGCGGAGACGGCGGCCAACGCCUGUGUGCACACCCAGAGUCUCAUCUCCUUCCACUACGUCGACCUCAACGCGCUCUCGCGUGGCGCGAACGCGUCCAUGACCGGCAUGAGGAGUGCCACGCUUGGCCAAAUCGCGGUCUCCAUCGACCUUCCGGCGGACAUGGAGAACCUCACGUUGGAGGGCAUCAAGCAGCUGCAACGCGACAACGCAAAACUGCUGGACAUGGUACGCCGGCAGGCAGAGACGAUCGACUACCAGCGCGCCCACGUCAGCACGUCGACGAUGCAGGCGGAUGACCUCCUGGGGGGCAUCUCGCCGGUCGGCAGCCCUGGCUCCGGCUCUCCGAACCCGCGCUCGCUGGAGCCGAGCAUCUCAGCAUCGCCGCCGCCGGAGACACACAAGGUGGCCGUUGCCCUCGAAGCCUUCCGCCGCGUGUCCGUCUCCCCGUCCAUCCGGGGUGGCUCCGUCAUGCCAGCUGACCUGGAGGCAGACGAGCUGCUGCGUCGCGCGGCAACGCAGAGCGAGUCGAAGCAGCGCCUCGACAACGCCGUCCGCGAGAACCAGAAGCUGCAUCGCACCGCCGUGUCGCGCAACGCCACUCUGGACGCGCUGGCGCGACGCCUUGCCGAGCUGGAGGCUGGCGGGCCGCUCAACUCGCUGACCAGCCCAUCGCCGUCCUCCUCCUUGGCGUCUUCGUCGUCGAACACCAGCCUUUCGACUGAGAGGGGCGACAAUGGCGAGACGCUGGCCGGCAGGCGUGCUGACAGCGACGAGGAGAACACGGAUGUGUCGAGGCGCACAGGGGGCGACCGUGGCAGUCUCACAUGCUUGUCCUCGCCUUCGCAGAUGCGCGCCGUCUCUGCGCAGCGUCGGGGCGAGGAAAUCGUCGAGGCCGACGCAGAUGACGAGCCCCAGCCGGAGCCCAUCGGAGACGGCCAGAGGCGCAUCGUGUACGAGAACGCGGAGGGCGCACGUGAGCGCUACCAGGCGGUGGUGCGGGAGCGAGAGCAGUUUGAUCGGAUCCUCGAGCUGGAGGCUCUCAUCGGUGAGCUGCGCGAGCAAAUCGGCGAACUAGAGAGCCGCUUGCGCUUCUCCAAGGACGAGGUGCUGGAGCAGCAGAUGUUCCGCGAGCAGGCCGAGGCGGAACGUGACGCACUGCUCGAGGAGCUGGCGAACGCGCGUUGUGAGAACUCGGCGCUGCGCCGCGAAAACGCCAGCCUCGAAGGCUUCCUUGCCAGGGAUGAGCAGGCGCUCGCGGACGCCGCGCGCCUCGCAGACGAAGAGCUGGAGCGACGGACCGCCGUGCUGGCCGACCGUAUCACAGCGCUCAAGGCGCUCUCCCGUAUGUGGAAGCAGCGCACCAUGAAGUACAUUGCGAUGGGCUAUGGUGCCGGCAGCGACGACAAGCACGCCAGUAGCGCUGGUGGCGCGCACCUUGAAGCCAUUCCAUGGGACGACCUGCGCGCCGCAGAGACGGCUGCCAUAGCGAAGCGGCGCCUUGGUGGAGGUGACACGGACGCCUGUCCGGCUGAUGUGGCGCAGGCCAUCGACGACUUUGAGAAGUCCACGACUGAGGACAACGUGCGCGCGCUUGAGUACGCGUUGCUCGACUUUGAGCAGGAAAACCAGCGGCUGCUGGACGAGAUCCGGCGCAUCCAGGCGGAGCUGGAUGGGUACAAAGGCCUCAUUGGGCGCCUCCGGGCGGAGAAGGCGGAGACGGAGAAGACCCUGGCGGACGCGACGGACUCCACCGAGGAAGAACGCCGCUGCAUGCAGCAGCUUCUGCGCAACACCAACGCGCAGCUGGAGGAGGCGGAGGAAAAUCUGAAGCGGACGCAGGUUCGCCUGGAUGACGCGAUGCAGAUGUGCGAGAGCAAUAAGCGCAAGGUUGUGAGGAACAAUGAACUGCUGCUGUCGCAGCAGAAGCGUACUAUCGCGGAGCUGGAGGCGGAGCUGUGUCGCCUGCGUCGUGACCAUGCGGCGAAGGAGGAGGAGCUCACGAACCUGACGCGGUAUAUGCAGGACCGUGAUGCGCUCGGCGGCGGCGGGGUGGCGAAGAGCUGCGAGCUGCGCUCUCGCAUCGAGGAGCUGGUCAGCGACUCGAUGGAGGAGUACGAGGCGCCGAACGGGUAUUCGGUGUUCCCUGCGGGGUUUGAGUUUUCGGACGAGAUGACGUCACUCAUUCGAAUUUGCCUCCGCAUCUUGCUCGACCGGCUCAAGAUGGAGCUGUACGUGCUCAAUGCGCAGAGCGUGCACAAAUUCCAGCUUCUGAUCCACGCCGUGAAAGCGCGCACGGAGGCGCACUUUCACACGUUCAUGCACCAGCUUCGCGACGCCGUCUCGCAGAUGUCAGGGCGCACGUUGCGGCCUGGCAGCAAGUGGGGCCUGUCCGAGUCGGACGUCCUCUCAACCCUCGUGGAUCACCGCCGCCGCCAGGUUGGCGACGCGCUGAGCGGUUUGCUGAUCUGGUAUGACCACUGGGACAACGCCCCAAAGACGGAGCAUGUCGCCUACAUGGAGCUGAUCCGCAACGCCGACCGCAUCAUGCAGAUGGCCCGCAUUGUGCGCCGUGAGAGCCUCCUGAACACGAACGCGACGUCCACCUCGCUCAUGCCGAUCCCCGGCAAGAGCGGCACAAGUGACACCUCGCUCCUCCCGGAGUCGUCGCGCCGCAAUGAUAAGACUGUAAAGGGGAGCUGCAAGAUUCUCUCUCGCCUUGCGUCGUCGACCCGGCAGAGCAACCUGGCGCGCGCCGUGAAUCAGUUCUCCGCGACGCCUUCGCGAGCCACGAUCGCCGGCCGCGAGGACGUCGUUGGUGCCACGCCGUGGCCGGUGGAGCAGGGCGCCACCCCGUUCAGCCGCAGCGCAACUGUAGCGGCGCUGGCCCUCUCGCAAACCAUGAUCCCCUUUAGCAGAACAGCCACUGGCACGCACGCCAGCGGGCACCAGCCGCCAUCAGCUGCGAACCUGGAAAGCUGCUCGCUCUUCAGCUGUUGUCCCUCUGGGCCUCCGCGGGCGUCCGCCAUGACGGUGCCGGCUACCGGCCUCUCGCCUCGGCCGCACCCGUCAACGGCCACACCUAUGCGACCCAUAAAGCAGGCCACGAGCGGCGGCGCCGCGACGCCUGCGGCUGUGUUGGCAACCGGUGCGUCACCCGCCGCUCUGACAGCAGCCGCGCGCGCCAAUUACUCGCGCAUGACCUCCGCGGGCGUGCUGCCAGUGCUGGAGGCGGAUGUGGCUUACGUGGCGACCACCGACGUGGCCGAGGCUAUCUCCAUCAGCACCUAUAACUUUUCUCGUCGCAUGAGUUCGGCGGCGGGGGCCGGUGAAGGCGCCACUGCCGACAAGGGCGAGCCAGUGCGCCGGCCGAGCCGCCUCUUCUCGCGAUGCCAGACGGCGAUUCCCCACACGCGGGACCCCAUGCAGCAGCAGGGCGCACUGCGCCGCCAGAACUCUGCCACGCCGGCUUCGUCCAAGACCCACGUCAGCGCUGGUGCGACUGGAGCUCGCAGGCAGGUGAGCCGUGCGAAGGCAACGGAGGCGUUUGCGAGGUCGAAGACGCAGUACACCGUGCCGAAGUCGACCGCAACGCUGAGUCGACCAAGCCGCCGCAGAUCCGGCGUUCGGGUCAGCACCAACAGUAGCACUCGUAGCGCCGGCAGCCUAGGCGGGGGUUCGCCGCAUGCGCGACCAUCCUCGUCGCAGCACAAUGCAACGCGGCUCUCUGCCUUCUACGGCAUUCCCACAGCGGAGCAGGCGCGCGGAUCCGGCAAGGGUCGUGCGAGCAUGCUGAGCAGCAACGCCACCACAAAGCCGUCUGCGGCGGACACCUCGUUCUACAAGCUGGACGUCAUGAAGUCGCUGAGGGAGCGAAGCACAAGCGACGUGAACCGCCAAGCGCCGACGGGCAGCAAGCCCAGCUCGGUUUCGAAUAGGGGAGAUCUCACGAAUAUCAGUAGCGUGCACCCGAGGAAGGGCAUGGCGCAGCCAGCGUCAUCGUCGACCGGUGCACGUGUGAGCGCUGGCCACGACAACCCUUCGGUGAGCACCACUCCGGUGGUGCCGAGGCUCGAUUUUGGGGCCUUGGAAGGAAAGCGCUGA